AUGUCCUCAAAAGAAUUGCCACCCUCUACCACGCCAUUUUUCCCAAAUCAAUUCAUCACAAACCAAUUCUAUUCCAAAGCGCAAUACGUUUCGAAGGACACCGAUCUUUCUGGGAAAGUUGCGAUCGUGACAGGAGCUAACACUGGUCUUGGGCUCGAAUGUGCAAAUCAACUUCUAUCCUAUAAGCUAUCGCAGCUCAUAAUCGCAGUUCGCUCGCUGAGAAAAGGCGAGGAUGCGGCCAUACACCUGAGAAAACAAUACCCCAAUGCUAAGAUUGAGGUCUGGCUACUGGAUAUGUCUUCCUAUGACUCGAUCCAAGCAUUCGCAUCUCAGAUCGAAGGAAAACUACCACGACUGGACAUCGCCAUUUUGAAUGCGGGGAUAGCCAACUCAACCUUCAGGCUUGCAAGCACCGGGCACGAGGAGACCAUGCAAGUCAAUUUUCUCUCCACAAUGUUUUUGUCGAUUCUCCUCCUCCCUCUUCUGAAGAGCAAGUCUCCCACUGGUUCACCUGGCCGAUUAACCAUUGUGACGAGCAUGCUAUCUUUGACAGCAAAAUUUGCUCAAAAGGACAAAAUACCGCUAUUAAAGGCAUUCGAUGAUGAAAAGACCUUUGAUGGGGUCGACAUCUACCCGACAUCGAAAUAUCUGGGUCUACUGUUCCUCUGGAAACUUACAGACUUGGUAUCGGCCGAUGACGUGGUGGUUAAUUGUGUGGAACCGGGAUUUGUUAAAGGGACAUCUCUGCAGCGCGAAGCACCGGCGGCUAUCAGAUUCAUGCUUUAUUUGCUGAAGGUUACAACCGGACGAAGCAUGAAGCUUGGAGCUACCACAUAUCUGGAUGCCGCUAUCACCAAAGGAAAGGAGUCGCAUGGAUGUAUAUUGAUGAAUUGGGGGAUUGCACCAUAUCCUCCUUUGCUUUACACCGUGGAGGGGGAGAAUAUCAAGGAAAGACUUUGGCAGGAAACCCUGGAGGAGCUCAGUUUUGUGAAUGUUAAUGGGAUUUUGGAGUCUCUGGCAAAGUAG